GUUUGUGGCCGGCGCUCUGGACCGCGCGAGACCACAGCCACCGCGCCGCUGCGCACACCGGCCGAGGCGGGCGCCGCCGGCGGGGACCGCGGCCGGAGUCCUGGCGCGUGUGGAGGCCGCGCGCUGCGGCUGCGGCUGAGAGAAGUCUCUCUAGUGGGCGCAGAGGACAGUCUGCCUGGCCAGAGGCGUGGUCCUGGUCACUGUUUUAGUUCUGCUCACACUGAAAGAUCAGAGGAAAAAUAACAACUAAACAGAUUUCAAGACAGAAACAGUCUUCGCCAGUCAAGAAACCCUCAAAAGUCUUUUGCCAUGGAUUUAGAAGAUGAAGAAAACAUGAGUUCCAGCAGCACAGACGUUAAGGAAAAUCGUAAUCUGGACAACAUGCCCCCCAAGGACAGCAGCACACCAGGGCCUAGCGAGGGCGCCCCGCUCUCCAAUGGAGGCAGCGGUGGCACCAGCAGGAAGCGGGCCCUGGAGGAGGGCAGCAAUGGCCACGCCAGGUACCGGCUGAAGAGAAGGAGGAGAGCUCCGGGGCCUGUCCUCCCCAAGAAUGCCCUGAUGCAGCUGAAUGAGGUCAAGCCCGGACUGCAGUACACGCUGCUGUCGCAGACCGGGCCUGUGCACGCGCCUCUGUUUGUCAUGUCUGUGGAAGUGAACGGGCAGGUAUUUGAGGGCUCUGGCCCCACAAAGAAAAAGGCAAAACUCCAUGCUGCCGAGAAGGCCUUGCGGUCCUUUGUCCAGUUCCCCAACGCCUCUGAAGCCCACCUGGCCAUGGGGAGGACCCUGUCUGCCAACACGGACUUCACGUCCGACCAGGCCGACUUCCCUGACACGCUGUUCAAUGGCUUCGAGACCCCAGACAAGUCAGAGCCACCCUUCUACGUGGGCUCCAAUGGGGACGACUCCUUCAGCUCCAGCGGGGACCUCAGCCUGUCGGCAUCCCCGGUGCCUGCCAACCUCGCCCAGCCCCCUCUCCCUGUCAUGCCACCAUUCCCACCCCCGAGUGGGAAGAACCCCGUGAUGAUCUUGAACGAGCUGCGCCCAGGGCUGAAAUAUGACUUCCUCUCUGAGAGUGGGGAGAGCCACGCCAAGAGCUUCGUCAUGUCUGUGGUGGUGGACGGUCAGUUCUUUGAGGGCUCAGGGAGGAACAAGAAACUUGCCAAGGCCCGGGCUGCACAGUCUGCCUUGGCAACCAUUUUUAAUUUGCACUUGGACCAAACACCGUCCCGCCAGCCCAUCCCCAGUGAGGGCCUGCAGUUGCACCUGCCACAGGUAUUAGCCGAUGCUGUCUCACGCCUGGUUCUGGGUAAGUUCGGUGACCUGACCGACAACUUCUCCUCUCCUCAUGCACGCAGAAAAGUGCUUGCUGGCGUCGUCAUGACAACAGGCACAGAUGUCAAAGAUGCCAAGGUGAUCAGUGUCUCCACGGGAACGAAAUGCAUAAAUGGCGAGUACAUGAGCGACCGGGGACUCGCACUCAAUGACUGCCAUGCGGAGAUAAUAUCGCGAAGGUCCUUGCUUAGAUUUCUGUACACACAACUUGAGCUUUACUUAAACAGCAAAGAUGAUCAGAAAAGAUCCAUCUUUCAGAAAUCUGAGCGAGGGGGGUUUAAGCUGAAGGAGAAUGUCCAGUUCCAUCUGUAUAUCAGCACCUCUCCCUGUGGAGAUGCCAGGAUUUUCUCACCACAUGAGCCCAUACUGGAAGAACCCGCAGACAGACAUCCAAAUCGUAAGGCAAGAGGUCAGCUUCGAACCAAAAUAGAGUCUGGCGAGGGGACAAUUCCAGUGCGCUCCAACGCGAGCAUCCAGACGUGGGACGGGGUGCUGCAGGGGGAGAGGCUGCUCACCAUGUCCUGCAGUGACAAGAUCGCGCGCUGGAACGUGGUGGGGAUCCAGGGCUCCCUGCUCAGCAUCUUCGUGGAGCCCAUCUACUUCUCCAGCAUCAUCCUGGGAAGCCUGUACCACGGGGACCACCUCUCCAGGGCCAUGUACCAGCGCAUCUCCAACAUUGAGGACCUGCCGCCACUGUACAUGCUCAACAAGCCUCUGCUCAGCGGCAUCAGCAAUGCAGAGGCACGGCAGCCAGGGAAGGCCCCCAACUUCAGCGUCAACUGGACAGUAGGUGACGCAGCCAUUGAGGUCGUCAAUGCCACCACAGGGAAGGAUGAGCUGGGCCGUGCAUCCCGUCUGUGCAAGCACGCGCUGUUCUGCCGCUGGGUGCGCGUGCACAGCAAGGUCCCCCCCUACUUACUGCGCUCCAAGAUUACUAAACCCAACAUGUACCACGAGUCCAAACUUGCAGCAAAGGAGUACCAGGCCGCCAAGGCACGUCUGUUCACAGCCUUCAUCAAGGCCGGGCUGGGUGCCUGGGUGGAGAAACCCACAGAGCAGGACCAGUUCUCUCUCACACCCUGACCUGAGUGGGCACCUCGGGGGUGCCAGGGGCUGCGGGAGUCUGGCAUCGUCCCCCAGAACCUCAUGUCUGAACUGGGGCAGGUGUACAGCCUGGAGAGGGCAUGGGGGACAUGGGGGCGACUGGGUGUCAGUGUCAUCCGACAUCUCACGUCUGAUCUGGGGCGGACGUGAGGGCGUCGGGGCCCAGCACUGCCUGGCGUCUCUGCCUCAGCGUCCCCCCUCGACCUGCCCAGCAGCUGCUUCCCAUCUCAGUUUACGUUUAGAAAUUGAGUUCUACUGAGUAGGGCUUCCUUAAGUUUAGGGAAAUAGAAACGACUUUGUGUGAAAUUCUUGAAUAUAUAAUUUAUUCAGAGCUAGGAACGUGGUUUAUAAAAUAAGAAGUAAUUAUGUCAGGUCACUUUUGUGCCACAUUAUUUUAAUUGCAACAAAGCGUCCAUAUAUGGCAAGGGAGAAAAAAGACAGGAAGUAGAAGCUGAGGGGCCGCACAUGGCUCAGCUCAGGGCUCUCCUCGCAGGGACCUCACAGGUUAGUGUGCACAGUAGGUCCUGUCUUCUCCCUGAGAGCAGCCUCCCAGCAUGACGUAGGUGGCCCUGCCACAUACCCUGGGUCCCACAGUCGAGGCCCAGCCCCAUAGCUGCAGCCGCCUCUAGAUGCUUCCACACUCCUUGUGGGAUCAGAUCACAGAAAACAUCUUUUGGUUCACUUCUAAGUAGCCACAGAUAAAACAUGUCCAGUGACCCUGUGCUGGCCACUCACUGGGGUUUUUAAACAGUGUUUAGCACCCAGGACUAGGAGGAAUGGGUGGGGCCGCUGCACAGCUCGGCCUGGAGCUUCCUCUGCCCUGUCCUCAGAGCCAGGCACACAGGUAGCGGCCUAGAGAGGCUCCCUGGACGAAGACGUGUUUUAAGUAGUUUAUUUUUAGAAAAUGCCAUGUAAGGUAUGUUUUUAAAUUAUUCUUUCUGGCUUUAUCAAAGCAUAUUUGAGAGCUGGUGAGACCCCAUGUGCCACUGGCAUGAUACGGCCCAGACUUGGCUGUGCCCGGCACCCACAGUGCAUGGGACAGCCCCACAGAGGGAACUAGCCGGGACGGUAGCAGCCUCGCGGGUGAUGCCCUGGUGUAGACGCCCCGACCAAGCUCAGAGAUUUGCACCAGUUGCCUUGUUGUCGCCACUCAGGAUGGGAAAGGAGUGAGGAGCACUCUGCACCCCUCGGGCUCGGGUUGCUCUGAGGCAGGUGUCCUGGGACUAUGAGCAGGCACAGGUGCAGAGCCCACCCCCCAGCAGACACCUGCACCUUGUGGCAUCAGGCUGAACACCCCUUAACGGGCUUAGACCAGAACAGGAGUCGAAGGGCCCCUGGGUGCCCGGACCUGCAGAGCUGGUGUUUGCUGGGGGUGCGUGCGUCCAGUGGGGGCAGCUCAUUCUCGUACCUCAGUGCAGUCCCAACCUGGCAGGAAGGGGUGCUGCUCAGGGCCCCGCGCUGGAGACCAGGCUUGGAGGGAUGAACACCUGCCUCACACCAGCCGUGUCCUCCCGAAGCCGUCAAGGCCCGGGCUUGUCAGGUGAAAGGUGCUGGGUUUUCCUUUGCACCUAUAGAAGGAAAGGUGUCUGGUGGUACCGCCGCCCUUCCCCAGAGCAGACUCUUGCAUGGAAAAAACAUCCUAUGAGUUUGCAUUUUUAUUCUUGUCUCUACAAAUUGUAUUUUUUCUACAAUGGGGAUUUGGGAGAUAGACUUAGUUUUUAGAAAAUAUGUGGGUUUUGGUUACAAAGUUUAGUGGAAAUACAUUCCACAUGCAUGCAAAGCCGUCCUGUGUAUCUGCUUCCCCUUCAGUCAGGAAAUAGCUGGAAUGAGCUCGACCAAUGCCCUGCCCAGUGCCUAAUGCACACAGCCCCACAGGUAGGCACAGCCUGUUGGCCCCUCCAGUGGGUCCAGGCUGGCCACCCCCUGACAGGAGGAACCAAGAUGCUUCCAUUCAGGAAGUCCUGGGCAGGGCAGAUGCGGGGACGGAGGUGGUGUGGCCACUCCCUUUGCCAGAGGCGGGCUGCCUCUAGGACAGCUGGUCCAUGUCAGAAAAACAGCAAAGGCGUGAGAUGGGCCCUCAGCCCACAUUGUGCAUUGCCCGGCUUCACUGAGGUAUCACUUUGCAUCCAGGGCCCUUGGUCUGGACUUUAAAGACGCAACAGAAAGUCUGAGACAACAAAGAAUUUAACUUUUUGAGAAAAAUCUUAAAAUUUGAGGACAUUUUGACAAGGGGAGACGAGGAUUUCUGUUUUAUCAGCUAAACCUGAAGUAUUUAUUCCACAAAGACACUGUCCCCGGGGACCACCUAAGUACAGCUUUGCUGGGCCAGCCGUCCCCUCACAUGGGACAGCAGCCCAUAGCAGGUGGAGUGGCAUGUUCUGGGUCUGAACCAGGGCUUCUCCACACCUCAGGCUCAUGUGAACGCUGUGGCCCCCUCCACCCACCAUCACUUGCAGUCACAGCAUCAGGACGCACCUCUCCCCAGCCAGGGUGCUAAAGAACCGCAGUGCAGCUUUUCCUCCUUUGGAGAUUUUCUUUUUAAUUAAAAACUAUUUUAAAAUGUAUAAGCCAACAUCUCAUAAGGCCUUGCUUUCUCUGGAAUUUGUUUUUCUCCUAAUUUCAUUUCUUUCCAGUGGCAGGAUGCCUGCUCUCUGUGAGGACAGUCUCCCAUAACUUCAGAGGUUACUGGGGAGGCGGGAGGCUCGAUUCCUUGGCCCCACACCUGAGAGCUGCAUGCCUUGCCCCUUUCUCCAGAUAAAUGAAUUUAAAAGGCAAUGCAGGUGUAUCUUUUUCAUGUCUAACAUAUUUUAUACUGGAAAUAAAAGGACGGUCUCAACCAUAACUUUGAUUCAGCAAGGUAAAGGAAAUUGCCAACUCUCCUGUCUCUAAAUUCUAUGAAAUUAUGGAAUCUCUCAAAAGAUUCAUUUUCCUUACCCCCAAACUAUGUGAAUGGGAAGGGCAGAAUACUGUGUUCAGGGUAUGUCCAGUUGUGUAUGUCCUUGUCCCUUGAUGUGGCGGGUGACAAUCUCCUUGAGCGUGAAGUAGCUCAGCACCAUUCUUGAAGGCUCUGGGGCCCACAUGACACUGGGGGUCAGACUUAGGGAAGCCCAAUCCUGCUGGAUGUGGGGGAUGGGGGAGACAGGUAGCAGGCCUGCCUGGGUGGUGACUAUCAGUGCCAGAGUGCAUCAGCCCCUCAGUCCUGCCCGAGACGCCCAGGUGCACCUCCUGCUGAUAACACUGAUGUGGGCCCCAGUGACAGCAAUGGCACAGGGAAGCAGGGUGUCCUAAGUGACAAGUGAUGAGAAGCACAGUCCCCGUGUCAGCAGCGCAGGCCCCGCGAUGCUCACUCACCUAGGCUUUGAGUUCUAUGCUUUUAAUUUGAUUUUAGAAUCUGGACACUCAUCUGAAUGUAAAUUAGCCAAGAAGUGUGUUGCUCGGUGCAGUCGGCAGUGUUCCGUGUCUGUAAAUUUGUGUAUAUACCACACAUCUCGACCUGCAUGAGCCUCCUCACACCAGGUGCCAGCCAGCAUGUGACACUGUCAUGUGCAGACAGGAUGAGAUGUUCUCAAUAAAAGCGUGUUUCACCACCCAGAGCUCUGAGGCCUUUCCCUCUAAUGUUGUUUCUGUUCUUGGCCCCUGGACAGGUCUGGGGAGCGUAACUGCAACCUGUGACAAGCCACUGCAAGGGCCUGGCCCCUGCUGGGCGCUGCUCUGGCUGUUUGUGGCAGUCCCCUCUGUGUGCCCUCCCUGUCACAUCUGGCUGCUCCCUGAGAGCGGGUGAGGUGUAGAUGGAGUUACGCCGCAGCCCUGCCCAUCAGGGCCAUGACAUGGCCCACGUGGCUGGGGUGUGUGGGGUGACGUCGGUAGGAGGUCCCUGCGCCUUGACGCUCAGCAGCAGAUUAGGUGGGUACAUGCGGUGAAGAAGCUGCAGCUCCAAGUGACGACCCACUUCUGCAGUUACAUUGCAGAAGGACAUUCAUAAUUAAGUGAAAAUUGGGCUGCAAAGCAGUAUUUCUAGUUUGUGGUUGUAAAGAAAUGCGUGUGCUUCUCGCGAGUGCACAGACAUGCAGAACAAUCUGGAAGGGAGUCUGGGCGUGCCUGUGGAUGAUGGGAUUUGGGGUGAUUUCAGUGUUUUUUUUAAAUUAAAUUUGCCCAUUUGAUGUUUCUACAAUGAAAUAAAAACAAACUUUUGAAUAGUCAAA